UUUGUUAAAUUCUGUUGGUUUGUUAUGUGUGGAGCAUCUUGUCACAAUGCGUUGUAAUUUUAGCCUGACUUGUGCGCUUCCAGUUGUAGUGAGCUAAAAGUACAAAGAAUAACCGCCUCGACAAUGGGAUAACGUGGAAGUGAACGAGAGCGUGGCGUGGUGGAGGUAGCAGAGUCGGCUAGCUAGCAUGCUAACAGCUAACAACAAUGAGACGUAUUUGGCGCUCUGGCAGGCAGAAGUUUGAAUAUAAUGGUUUCUGCCAUAACACUGACCAACAAACAGACUAUGUUUGGCUUUCACAAGUCAAAGAUCUACCGGAGCAACGACGGCUGUUGCAUCUGCAAGACCAAGUCCUCCAGUUCACGCUUCACGGACAGCAGUCGAUAUGAAGAGACCUUCAGGCUCUGUUUUGGGCUGUCAGAGGAUCGCGUUGGAGACAUCUGCAACGCCUGUGUGUUACUGGUGAAGAGGUGGAAGAAGCUGCCUCAUGGCUCCAAGAAGAACUGGAACCAUGUGGUGGAUGCCAGAGCUGGGCCGGGCUUCAAGGUGACAAAACCCAAGAAGAUCAAGAACAGUGAUGGGAAGAAGAAAAGCAAACUAAAGAAGCUUCACAAGUUAAAGAGACAAACAGACUCAGAUGCCCACAGCACAACAUCCAGUGUUUCUCCUGCCCAGUCUCCCAGUUACAGCAACCAGUCAGAUGAUGGUUCAGACAUCGAGUCCAAACAAAGACGCUCAACUCCUUCCAUCUUCUCUUUCUUGGAUCGUUCCUACUGGAAAAGGCAAAAGGUGUGCUGUGGGAUUGUCUACAAGGGGCGGUUUGGAGAGGUGAUUAUUGAUCCACGACUUUUCAAGCCCUGCUGCAGUUCCAAAAAACAGAAGACACUGGUGUCCACACAAGUGGCCACACACCUUCCAGACACACUUCCUCCUCAGCUCCCACAAGAUGUUCAAGAAACCUGGUGAUUGCUUUUGUUGAAUCCCCCUGUAGGGUUAUCCAUGGCAUCCACCUGGAUUUGUCUCCAGUGGCAGACCUCCCAUUCCCACUCCCCCUGUUAGAUCAGUUAGUUAGAUAUUUCUUUUCUACGUAAUUCCUUUUUUUAUAUGGGCAUUUUUUAACUUUUGUAUAGAGUUCAGUUUUUUCUUUUUUCUUUUUUUUUCCUUUUUUUUUUUUUUAAAAAGUAAAAAGAAAAAAAAACUUCUUAUGGGCAUUAGUGUUAUUUAUAGGAUGAGGAGAGAAAUUUCGUUGAGGCUCCAUUUCUGAUUCUAAAUUGUUUUUGGUUAUUUUGUAUUACAUGAUCAUAAAUAUUCUGUCACUUUUUCAUACAUAUCAAGGCUGUUCUUUUUUUCAUAAUUUGUCAAAUUGUAAGUGUGCAUAUGAAAGACACCAGCUAUUUCUAAUACCAGCUUUUGUGUGUGUGUGUGUGUGUGUGUGUGUGUGUGUGUGUGUGUGUGUGUGUUGGAGUGACUCUUCAACAAGUUGCUGCAAUGUUUUGUCCUUUGUUCGCUCGAUAUGUGCAAAUGCGCGAGGCUGUAAUAUUUCUAGUACACGGAGGGCUGUAGUUGACACCAGGGAUCAUUAGUACAACUGUCCUCAAUGAAUUGAGCUUUUAAUGUAUGUGUAGAUGAGAACGAAUAAUCUGACAUUUUCACAGUUUAAGCAUGCCAUGAGUUUGAAACACUCCAUUGUAAUUUGUUCAGCAGUUUGUGCACAUUGACUCAGAUAGACGUGAUUAGAACAUGCAUGCAGUACAUUCCUCUGCCUUUCUGGAAUGACAAAAGCAAUGUAUUUAUUUCUUUUGUACAGGCUCCAGUGAAAUGACAAUGCAUGUUGUAAAGCAAAUGUUUUUUAAACGGAUUUUGUAAAUACACAGUGUUUUGGCUCUUGGUACAUCCAAACCUUUUUAAAUGACAGGAAUGGCAAACCACUACUUCUGUUUAAAAAAAA